UAUAACUGGUGUGAGUCGUGUGACUUAUGAGCUAGCUGAUGGCAUUUAAGUAGCAACGACCCCCUUCCUUCGUCCCCCCCCCCCCCCCCCUCUCUCCGCUCCUCCGGCUGUUCUCGCUCUAGCUAGUUGUCUUGGUUUCUUGCUUGGAAGGCAGCUCGCUCGGUUCGAAUGCUGUCCCACGUCGAGAUGGCACCCGCAGCCGGCGGGUUCAAGCUCUUCGGCAAGGUCAUCACGCAGUGCACCGAGGGCGCCCCGCCGGCACCGCAGGAGCCGGCGGCGUCGAGGCCUGCCUUCGCGCGGGAGAGAGACGACCCGGACGAGCGGGACCAGCCGGUGGUCAAGCGGGAGGCGGCUGCGGCGGCGGCAGAAUACGAGGCCCACGACGAGAAGCAGCACUACCGCAGCGGGGCGGAGGUGCCGGCCGAGAGCGGGGAAAACAAAGGGCAGCUGCCGCGCGCGGCGUCGCGGCAGCAACAGCAGCAGGAUACCGCGGAGGCGCGCGCGGCUGCGGCGGCGUCUUCGGCGCCGCCGCUGCCGUGUCCGCGGUGCCGGAGCCGGAACACCAAGUUCUGCUACUUCAACAACUACAACGUCAACCAGCCACGCCACUUCUGCAAGGACUGCCACCGCUAUUGGACCGCCGGCGGCGCGCUCCGCAACGUCCCCGUGGGUGCCGGCCGACGCAAGAACCGGCCCCUCGGCCCCGUCGUCGCCACCGGCGUCCCCGGCCACCACCACCUCCAGCACCGCGCGGCGGUGGCCGCCGGCGCAGCAACGGCAGUGGGCUUCGUCCUCGGCUUCCCCAACAACCCGUCCUCCCCUGCCUCGCCGUCGCCGGUCUACGCCGAUCGGUGGCCGGUCUGCCCUGACCGCCGGUUCUGAUCCGAUCGAGCGGGCCGGUCUCUGGGUUCGGAUAGAGAGCUAGGCUUGUUUGACUUGCUGUCUUGCUUAAUUUGCUGAUGAGGUGGGGAGGCUUGUACGUGCGUGAGGCUUACACAACACAGGGAUGGACGAUGCAGGACAUGGAAAUGGCUUUUGUUUUCUUUCUAUCCUCUUCUUUCUCUCUCUAGCUUGUUUGUCCGUUCCUUCUUCUUUUGUUGUUUCCUAAGCUUGGCUAGUUUGCUUGCGGAUGUAAUGAAGAGUAACAAUCGCAAGUUGCAAACUCCGUGGAAAGUCUGUCCUGCACCAGGACUGUUUGAGCGUGUGCAUGCUGCGACAGCCUGCCUUCU